AUGCAGUCAUAGUAUCAAUCGCAAGCUGCUUAAUAAAAUGUAACUAAUAAUUAAUAGAGUAAUUAGCAAUCUUAAAUGUAAUAUUAGACUUAACCACAGUAACAGUAAUAAUUUCAAAGUUAGGCAGUAGUUUAAAACACUAUGCAAAAUUAACCAACUGUUAAUUAGUAAAGCUAAAAUGGUAAUUCAAAUAACACUAAUUAAUUACAUUAAAACUUUUAGAAUUAAAACACUUUAAGUAACUAGUCUGUUACUCAACAAAGCUAAGUUUAAUAAAGUUCAAAUAAUGCUUAGACAAACUAAAUGUAAUUUAACUAAUAUUAAAACAAAUAAAAUGCUAAUGGAACUUAAGCAAGUUAAAUUUAGAUUUAACCAAAUAAUGAAAAUCAAGCUACUCAAUAAAAUUAAGCUAAUGCUUAAAUUUAGAAUUAGAAUAAUUCUGGUUAACAACAAAACAUUAAUAGCCAGGUUAACAGUUAAUAAACUUAAGCCUAAUAAUUUAAUUAACCUACUUCAACUAGUUAAAAUUAAUAACAGUUUAACUAAUAAACUUAAUAAUAACAAAACUAUAAUUAAUAAAAUGUUAUUUAACCACCAAUCAAUAAGCAAAACUCUUUAACUUAAAAUAAUUCUAGUUAAGUUGUUUAUAUAUAGCAAUAAUAAUAAUAAUAACAACAACAGUAACAAUAAUAACCGAAAUCUCUUUUGCAACAACCUUAAAUGAGCUAACAAUAGUAACAGCCUAGUAAUAGCUUAAACUAAAAUACAUCAAAUAAUUAAAAUAAUACUCAAUACUAAAUUUAAUAAAAUCUUAAUAAUUAGCAAUAAUAGCAUAUUUAAAGCUAAACCAUUUAAGGGUAAAUUGCUAAUUUUUAAAUAAAUUAACAGUAAUAAGUAUAAUAAUCUCAAAAUGAAAAAAAUAGUUUACCUUAAUAAAGUAAUUCUAAUUUAACUAUUGCUAAUUAAAAUAACUAAUAUGUUGGAUAAUCUCAAUAACAAAAUACAAGUUAGAACUCAAUGUAAAAUAAUUAGCUUCCCCCUUAGUCACAACAAAAUAAUGCUAACUAAUAGCAGCAAUAAAAUAAUUAACCUGUUAUUUAACAUCAAUCAUAAAAUGUAAUUGCAUAGUAGCAAAACAACUAAUCUAAUACAUAGUAAUAAUAACAAGGUGUAAAUUAUUAAUAUUAAUAAAAUACAAAUCAAUAGGGUUAAUAAUAGAAUACAAUUUAGCAAACUUAACUCUAAAAUCCAAAUCAGUAAAAUUAAUAACAAUUGGUAAAGCAAGAAUAAUAGUAAAAUAAUUAACUUACAUCAUAGAACAAUUAAUAAAAUAUAGGUUAGAAAUAAUAAUAGAAUAACUAACCUGUAUUUUAAUAAUAAUAACAACCUGUUUUAUAAUAAUAAUAACAAUAAUAAUAAAAUAACUUACCCUCUUCAUAGCCUCAUCAAUAAAAUUAAUAACAAAAUAAUUAGCCAAACUAAUAGCUAUAAUAGUAAAUAGUAAAUUAAUAAAUUUAAUAAAAUACUAUUCUAUAAAACCAGUAAUAGAAUCAUAACUAAUAAGCUUAAUAAUAAAAUACAAAUCAAUAGGGUUAAUAAUAGAAUACAAUUUAGCAAACUUAACUCUAAAAUCCAAAUCAAUAAAAUUAAUAAUAAUUGAUAAAGCAAGAAUAAUAGUAAAAUAAUUAACUUACAUCAUAGAACAAUUAAUAAAAUAUAGGUUAGUAAUAAUAAUAGAAUAACUAGCCUGCAUUUUAAUAAAAUUAAAAACCUGUUUUAUAACAAUAAUAAUAAAAUAACUUACCUUCUUCAUAGCCUCAACUAUAAAAUUAAUAUCAAAGCAAUUAGCCAAGCUAAUAACCACAAUAAUAAAUAACAAAUUAAUAAAUGUAAUAAAAUACUAUUCUAUAAAAUUAAUAAUAAAAUCAUAGCCAAUAAGCUUAAUAAUAAAAUGCAAAUCAAUAAAUAUAGUAAUAAUUUAUUUAAUAAUAAUAGUAGUAAAGUAAUUAACCUCCAUAAUAACCCUAACCUUAAAAUACAGUAGCAUAACAGUAAUAGAUCAAUUAAACACAAGCAUCAAUUUAAUAAUAAAAGAAUAAUUAAUAAUCACAAUAAAGUGACAUACCUGCAGUUUAAUUAUAAUAAUAAAAUUAAGUUUAAACACAUCAAUAAACUAAUUAAUCUUCAGCAUAAUCUAAUCAAGUAAAUACAAAUUAACAAAGCCAAUUUGUUAGUCAAGCUACUUUUUAGUAAAAUCCUAGUUAGAAUAACCAAUAGAACGAUUAAGCUAUUUUACAAUCUUAGGUAUAAAAUACGAAUGUGUAAUUGUAAAAAAAUGAUUAAAAUCCUCAGAUUUAAUAAUAAUAAAAUUCAAGUAAUUAAUCAAACACUUUUCAAAAUUAAGGUUAAUUUUAAUCUCAACAAACUGCAAAUUUUCCCUCUUAAAAUACCUCACAAGUUAAUUCACAAGUUCCAAGAAAAGAUAAUAAUUAAAAUGCAUUUAACAAUUAAGAUUAGUUUUAAAAAUAAGAUAAAACAAAUCCUGAUAUUAAAAUUUAAUUAGAAUAAAUUAGCUUAGAUAAAUAAAAUACAAAUCUUUUGCCAAAUUAAACUAACUCUACUGUCCCAAAUAACAGCAAUCAAAAUAUGGUAGACAGUAAAAAAAGUGAGUAAACUGACUUAUAAUAAAAAAAAUAAUCAAUCUAAAGAAGUAACUCAAGAAAUACUCCAAAAUCUUAAAAAGGAAAUUAAGCAAGCACUUCAAAUUUAUCAGAUAAGCCAAGUAUAUAAAAUCAGGCAGUAGCAGAAAGCUAAAAAAAAUCAACAGCUCUUACAACAGCUAAUACUUCAAAUACAAAAUCAAAAGAAGGUGAUAGAUCAUACAUUUCAGACAAUAACAAUAAUAAUUCUUAUUUGAAUGCUUUAAAAAUGUCUCCUAAAAUGAUUAUAGGAUAUGAACCUAAAGGCAGAGAUACUUCAAGUAUGAGUAGAAUUCCUAAAGAUAAAAAUUUCAGGAUACAAAGAAACAAAAGAAGUCAAAGAUCUGUUACAUAACCUAAUGAAUCACUUUCCCCUAUAAGACCUUAGUAUUAUCAAGGUAUAGAUUAGUAUAAAGCGUAUGAUGAAAGAGUUAAAAAAUAAAUUUAGUAAUCUUUCCAUGAAAAUUAAUAUGAUGAUAAAUAAAACACUGAAAGCGAUUUAGCUUAAAAUGAAACAGUUGAAAUUAAAAAUGAUGAUAAAAAUUAAGAAAAUUAAAUAUAAAUUGAUAGCCCAAGAACUUUAGAAGCUAUGAGAAUGAAAGGAAUUGAUAAAAAAGAUUUAGCCUACAAAAGUAAAAAAAGAAUAAAAGAAGAGUCUGCUAUUGCUCUUAAAGGGCUCAAUAAUCAAGAUUAAAAAUACUACAUAGAUGUAAAGUAUGAAAAAACAGAGUUAAGAAGAUAAGAGCUUAUAUAAGAAGUUAUUUAGGAAAGAUAAAAAAUUAUUAUUGAGCAGUAAGAAAGAGAAGAUCAUGAAAUGAGAUCGAGAUAUAUGAAUUCAAAAGAACCCAGUGUCUACAGUGAUAAGAAAAAUAAAAGUUAUUACAUUUCAGAAAAUCCAUAACAUGAAAGAAGUAGGAGUUUCUUAGAUAAAAAUAAUUAAAGCUAUACAAAUAUGGAUAAAUUUAAUUCUAGUAUGUAUAGAGAUCUCAGUUUCACAUUAGAGAAAGAAUAAAAUUAAUAAGAGAAAUUGAGAGAAAAAAGAUAAAAAGAAUUAGAUUAGGCUUUUUCCUCAUAAUAAUACAAGAAUUAAUUGAUAGAAGAAGAAUAUAAAAGUAGAGAAAGAAAUAAAUAUGAAGAAAAUUAAACAUAAUAGGAUAAAAAUUAAUAUUAAUAAGUUGACUCAUCGAAGCAGAAAGAAAGAGAAGAUAGAAAAUAAAUUUUAGAGGAGUUGAGGGAAAAAGAGUAAUUUUUGCUUAGAGAAAAAUAAUUAUAAUCGCAAUACAAUCAAAAUGAUUGGAAUGAAAUGCAGCUUGAGCAUGAAAAGAAAAUUAAGACUUAAAUAAGAAACUAAAAAGUAGAAGACAUCAAAAGAAAAAAUUAAGAGAAUGAUGUAGUUAAAAAGGAUGAAUACGAGUCCAAGCUUAAAAAAAUGCAAGAAAAGGAUUUAAAAGUGAAAGAAUAACUUGAAAGAUUAAAAAAUUAAAGAAGAUAAAUAAACGAAUAGUAUAAAACACAAUUAGAACAAAGAUAACUCAAAAUAUAAGAAUAAUAGAUGUACAACGUAUAUAAUGUUAAGCAGAAACUUGAAGAAAAAGAGUAAAGACUUGAUAAUUUUAUUAAAGAUCAAGAGUUGGUUAAAAAGCUGGAAUAAGAGUAUAAAAAGUAGCUUCUACUGCAUAAAAAUUAUGAUCCUAAUGCUUCAUAAAUGGAUGAAGAGCUAAUUAAGCAAGACUUUCUUUAAAAUUUAUUAGAUUAGGAAUAAUUAUUAAGAAAGUAAUCAGAAAAAUAUAAGUUUGAUCGUUUCAAAAAAAUUAAAACAGAUGUAGAAAAGCAGGAAAAUUUUAAAUUUCAAAGAUCAAGAUUAACACAUGAAUAAUAAAUAUGGUAAGAAAACGUUAAAAAGAAAUAAUUACAAGAAUUAGAGGAGGCCUAAAGAAAAAAAGAAAAGAUGCUUUAAGAACACAAGAAAAAGUUUAUCGAAGAGAAAAUAUAGCUUGAAUUAAAAUUAGAAAAAAGCAAAUAAAUUGAACAAGCUAAAUAAGCUUAAAAAGAAAAAAUAUUAAAGAAAAUAGAAGAAGAUAAUAUAAGAAGACUUGCUUUAGAAAAAUAUAAAGUUUCUGUUUAUGAGGAAAAAAAGAGAUAUAAAGAAUAGCUUGAAAGAGAAAGAGAUAAUCAUGAAUUGCACUAUGAAAAUGAGCUAUUAAAACCAAAUAGAGAGAGUAAAACAAAUCUUAGAGCAACUUCUGCCACUCCAAACAGAUAAAAUGACCUUGUUAUGUCUAAAUAACUAAGAACAAACAGCUUUGCAAUCACCAAUUCAAUGUCACUACAAAGAAAAAAUUCAUAAAUGAAUAUAAAUAAUAAGUCAAUAUCUUAAAAUAGUUAUUCAAGAGUAUCAAACAAUAUUAAAAAAAUAGAUAUGUUAAAAAAACCUUCUUACGAUUCAGCAAUAGGCAUAAGCCAUGAACAAUUUUUCCCAGUUUAAGAGUUUUCAAGUAUUAAAUAUGUCUCUGAAUUUAAUAUGCUGAAUGAAGAAUAAACUUAAAAGUUUUUAGUCUAAUUAGCCAGCCUUGAUUUCUAAUUAGUUGAUUAACCUGCUACUCUUUUAAAGUAAAUUAUGGAGCCUCUUGUUAUGUUAGCAGAGGUGUAAGAAAACGAAACAGUGGAGCUUCGUGAAAAACAUAAUCAUAUGCAUCUUUAUAAUUGA